AUGGAGUGGCUUUCCUGCAUCGCGUCUGCGAUUGGAAGAUAUUUGGUGUGCAGAGCAGUAGAUCAAUUAAGCUAUCCUUGCUGCUUCAACAAUUUUGUUGAAGAGCUUCAAAAACAGGAAGAUAAAUUGACCACAACAAUAGACAGCGUGGAAGACCUUGUUAAACAUGCCAAUAAACAAGCAAUAAAGAAUGCUGAUGUGUUUGAUGGGUGGUUGAAGGAAGCUAACGCUCUCAAAAACAACGUGGAGGAUUUACUUAAAAAAGCAAGAACAAACAAGAGCUAUUGUCUCUGGCACUGUCCGAAUUGGAUUUGGCAAUACGGCGUGGGCAAGAAGUUAGAAAAGAAAAAAGUGGACAUUGAAAAUUGUAUAGAAGAAGGCAAUAAGUAUAUACAACUUGAACAUUUUGCUACACUUCCUUCAGGCAUGCCAGAUUUUCCUUUUGAAAAAUGUUUGGAAUUUGAUAGUAGACAAUCUGCUUAUGAGCAACUGAUGGAGGCACUGAAAGAUGACAAGGUUGCCAUGAUUGGAUUUGCAGUAGAAGUUCGAAGGAUCCAAGAUAAAAUUGCAAGCCCACAACAGUUUACCUUUCCAGAAAAUGAAGUAAGGGAGAAAGCCCAACUCUUGUGCAAGAGAUUAACCAAAGAAAAUAGGAUUCUUGUGAUUCUUGAUGAUGUUUGGGAGAAGCUUGAUUUUGGAGCCAUAGGAAUUCCCUCCAAUGAACAUCAUAGGGUUUGCAAGGUUCUCGUUACCACAAGAUCUGUCAAUGUUUGUACUUUGAUGGAUUGCCAAAGAAAGAUUCCACUAUCUAUCUUAACUAAUGAGGAAGCUUGGGCUCUUUUCCAAAAUCAAGCUCAUAUAUUUGAAGGCACCUCUGAUAGCUUAAAGCACUUGGCAAGACUAAUUUCACAUGAAUGUAAAGGACUUCUUGUUGCUAUUGCGGUUGUGGCUAGUACUCUGAAAGGUAAGGCUGAAGUGGAAUGGAAGGUUGCAUUGGAUAGAUUGAAAAAUUCAAAACCAGUGAAUAUUGAAAAAGGAUUGCAAAAUCCUUACAAUUGCCUGCAGUUAAGCUAUGAUAAUUUGGACAACGAAGAAGCCAAGUCACUUUUCUUGUUUUGCAAAAUCCUUACUAGUGCUUUUGCUAUGACUGGUGAUGAUUUUGUGGAUAAACAGAUUCUGUAA